AUGGAUCAUUACAACUCUCUUACCAGACCUGUCAAGGAGGAGUCGGAAGGUUAUCCAGUUCGACGAUCGGAUCUCGAGGCCGAUAAGGACUUCGAUGUUCUGUCGUUCAUUGAGUCUUAUUCUGACGGGCAUGAAGUUGGUCAUGAAAUGAAGGAUGCGGAAUACCGUAAGCAGGAGGAAAGGCUAAUGGAUUUAGUCAUCGAUUUCGUUCGCAGGGAGGCUACUGAUGAGAAUGGUUUGAUCGCCACCGUCAAUCCUCAUCCUAAGCUCUCGAUUGCACACGAUUUAGUGUCAUUCCUCUUGGACCGCAAAGCUGCAACUUCUCACCUCUUUAGGCGUCAUCCGAUCCCUUCAAGCACUACCCCUCAGCCGUUUCCCCUCAACAUGUUCAUGGGUAAAUGGACAUCAUGGACAAGUUUCACUCUAUCAAAAUCCAAGGAAUUUCAACCAGGCAGUCGACAAUGCUGUCAGAUGAUGAAACCUGGGGAUAUCGAAGUCAUCACGGUUUCGAAUGAGAAGUUCGUACAACUGAUGAGUCUCCUAACCGGAGACGAGCUGCUGAUGAUGACAAUUUGGGAGACGCCCGAUUCUUCGAGAUAUGUGAGUCCUCAUCUGGAGAUAAUGAAACCUAACUUUGGUUUAGUGGAAGAGCGCGGUGAGAGAGUCAUUGCUUGGAGAGUUCACGGACUCGAUACCUCGUACUACAUGGACAGACUGGGAUAUCGCAUUCCUGACAUGGUUUGGCCUCUUCAGGAGGUUAGCAGGACUUGA